UUCUACACUGCAUCCUCAGAGUUACCCAAACCAUCUUUGGGAGAUCUUUCUGACCUGAAAGCUUCUAGUCUUCGCCUUCGAAGGGAACGAACUCCCAAUGUGCUGUGCUUUGACUACAAAGAACUCUCGGACAUUGACUUUGUGAAGGUGGAGCUGGUGCCGGAGAAGAAGGGCAUCAUUCUCAAACAUGUGGAGUAUGAAGUCACCAGCCAGCGCCACAAGGCGACAGUACAGCGGAGGUACAAUGACUUUGUGGCCCUGCACGAGCUGCUCUCAAGUCGCUUCCCAUACCGACUUGUGCCCAGGCUGCCUCCGAAGAAGAUGGGAGCCUCAAGGGAGUUUAUUGAGCAGAGGAAAAAGUCUUUGAGAAGAUACCUCAAUAUUGUGGCCAGACACCCUCAGAUGUACGACGACAAACUAGUCAGAUAUUUCCUCACCUUCACAGGAAAUGAUGUCCAGCACAAGAUCAAGGAGCAGUUCAGGAACAUUCCAGAUGAGUUCAUGACAAGCGACAUGGCAAGCAAGGCAAAGGACUUGGUCCCCAUGGACACACAACAGCAGCUGUCCAACAGCAAAGAGCACAUCAAGAUUUUGUAUGAGAACGUGUCACGCAUGAAGGAGAUUGCUGAGCGUAUGGUGAUUCGCUCCACCACGUAUGCCACGGAUAUGCUGCAGCUGGGACGACAGUUCAGGACCUGUGUGACCGCCAUGAGAAGGGAGUCCUGCAUGAGCAUCAAAAGGCCAUACAAAAAAUGGGACAGUACAAGAAGCGGAUGUCUUCCUCCAUGCAGCGGCAGAGUUCUACAGAGCCUGGAGCUGUUGAACAGCUGGAACAACGAAUUCUGGAACAAGAGGGCCAGAUCGCCAACAUGGAGAACCGGAACUAUUACUCUCUGCACUGCCUCCAAAUGGAGACGCAGCUCAUCCACGCACAUCUGGACAUCUUUCACGAGAUUGUCACGUGCAUGGCUAAUGUGGAGGCAGCCACCAGUGCUGAUUUGUCCAAAGUGUGGACUGACAUGAAGCCAAGUAUUGCCAGCUUGUCCCCUCAGUCCCCACCCUCAUCGCCCACGCGACUCUCGCCCGUGGGCUCACCCAACAACAGUGUGAUGGGUAUCACCAUGUAGGACCUCGGUCGGACUUCUCGCUCUUAAACUGCAGCGGCACAGAUGGUGUUCGGCUGAACCGCAGUGCCGUCUGAUCAAAAGAUGUCUGAACUCGCGAUGUUCUUGCCAGUGUGAAAGAUUGGGACUGGUUUUGGCCCCAAAUAGUGUUGUGUGUCUAUUGUUAUGGGUUCUGUCCAAAUGUGUUCCCAUUCAUCGCUCUUGUUUGAUCAACUCUGUGCAUUAUGUGAGUUCGAACUAACUUUGUUGUGCGGGCAUUAUGCUGACCAGUUUUGUUACUAACUAUUGACCUUUCAUUGUUGCAGUUAUGUUGAGAGAGGGUGGGGUGCAGGAAUCGUUUACUCAUCAGAAUAUUUGAACUGCCUUUUAUUGAGUAAAAUAAACACUUAAAAGAUCAUAAUGGAGUUUGUGGAGGAGAAAUGGAAAAUUCCAUUCAUUAUAUGAUUAUAUGUUGUUUGCAUGCUAAGCCCUGUACAGCCUUUGUCCUCUUUAUUAUAUUUCACUGUGAGGCCAAUCAUUUUUUCACCACAACAAGUUUGUAUUUGCACCAAUGCCGGGCUUAUUAUGUUUUAGAUUUUCAUUUUUUUGCUUUUUGAAAAAAAAA